AUGCAGGCGACCUCCUUAGAAACCGAAUCGAAUUCCGAUCAACGUCGGAUGAUUAUCCGCGAAUUCGGUUUCAAUACAUCGACUCAUGGAAUCCCAGGUAUCGCACGUAGCCAAAGUCUACAUAAUCGAAUCUUUUGGUCAAUUUCAUUCGUUGGAUUCUUCGGAAUCAUGAGUUUUUUUGUAACUCAAGCGAUUCUUGCUUACUAUAGUUAUCCAACACAGACACUAGUGCGUUUCGCCAAUCAAUGGCCACAACCUUUUCCAGCAGUGACUAUCUGUAACUACUCUCCGUUUCGCUAUGAUCAAUUCAUUGGAUCCUAUUUAAACUAUACGAAUACUUUCAAUCUGACGAAUACAACCAAUACCGAUAGGAUUGCAUUUACUCAACAGCAAGCGAGUUAUAUCUAUUCUUAUCUUCAGUAUAAACUGAAUCGAAAUGAGUCCGUAAAUCAAAUUUUCUUCUCACUAAGUUCAAUGUUAAUCAAAUGUAUUUACAAUGGUAAGAAUUGUUCGAGCGAUGAUUUUGUUACAUUUCAAUCCCCUACCUAUGGCCGUUGUUAUACAUUCAAUGCUCAAACAUCUGCCAUUAACAAUGGCUCGAUACAUUAUAACAAUGAAAAUGGACAAAGUGGCAAACUCCAUUUGGAUUUGUAUAUACACAGUCACCAAUAUGUUCCAUUCAUUUCCGAUGCAACUAGCAUCGUAGCAAUGGUUCAUGAUAAUACACAGUUACCACUCAUUGAUAGACUUGGUGUUGAAUUAGUCGCAGGACGAAAACAUAAAAUAGCAUACAGCACAACAACAAAUACAUUUUUGCCAUCGCCAUACACUACCUGUACUGAGAAAAAUAAUCUUGGUAUGCAAGCCAUGUUCGAUCAAUUCUCAGGUGCAAAUUAUUCUUAUGGUCAACAGAUAUGUUUUCAAGUUGCAAAUCAAAUAUACACAUAUGAACAAUGUGGUUGCGUUAGUCCUCUUCAAUGGCCGACGCGUUAUAUUGUUCCUCUUGGCACUAGCAAUGUUAUCUUCGCGAAUUUAUGUAAUGUGUCUGAUCCGUGUUAUUCUGCAGCAGCUACUCGGUUUCGAAACUCAAGUUCUGUUACAGGAGAGUAUGCGAAGGAUUGUGAAUCGGAAUGUUUUACAAAUGAUUUUCCCAUACAAAUAUCAUCCAGUUCUGCACCACAGCAGUGGUACGUGAAUGAUAUCAAGCAAUUCGUUGAAAUAUCGUCGAUUCCUUUACCUGCUAAUUGGUCAACAACUUGGUUAACAGAGAUCCGAUCGAAUUAUGUCGGUCUUGACGUUGUAUGCGGAUCAACUCAGGUCGAAAGUUACACACAACAAGCAACAUUGGGUGCUGUUGAUGUUAUCUCAAAUAUUGGUGGUCAAACAGGUCUUUGGAUUGGAAUUAGUUUUCUUUCAUUGAUGGAAUUUGCCGAAAUGCUCUAUCGGCUUCUUCGAUAUCAAUUUCUGAACGUUUUAGAGAAAGUAUGCAGAAAGAAUGUGAAAAAUUAG